UAUCCUUUAGCCCUUAUUAUCAUAAUUAUGAAUUAAAAAAAUUAUGUGUCUCCUAUAUUUCUAAAUGUAAAUACAGGUGUAUUGAAAACUGAAGCUUAAAACAAGAUGAGGGAUUAGGCCAAUGUAGUUAAGUAAUUAAAAAAAGAUUAAAAUCCAGGGAAGAAAUAGAAUGAAAACAAUGGGUGGGUUGAAAAUGAAAAGUUGGUGAUGGGUGUUGGAAGGUUAAAUGCAAAUGCUAUAUGUAGGACUUGCCUUGCUUAGAGAAGGUGCAUGAUCAUUGUUUGAGGUGUUUGGAUUUUUUGGGCGCAGAUCGCUGAAAGAUCACCGUUAUAACUCAAUUACCAGACAUGUCUGCAUCUACCACAAUGAUGGGUGGGGGUAUAAUGUGUAAAUCUAGUUUCCCAGAAAAUGCAAUUAGAUCAUUGCCAAAUUCAUAUUCCCAAAUAAAUAUGCUCUCCAGGGUAUCAGGAAAACCCAGGUCAAUUCAUCAGCAUGGCUUGAAUCGCCUUUCUUUAGCACUUGAUAAAAAACCCAUAUAUAGACGGUCUGUAAAACUCACACCCUGUUUAGGCCUGGGCUUGUCUCAGAGGUCCUUAGGAAGCACAUGCUUUAAAGUACAGGCCAAGGCAUAUGAAGCUAGCUCCUCAGACUACGUUCCUGAUGGUGUCUCCAAAGAAGAAGGCCUCUCAGAAACAUCUUCUGCACCACCAGCUGGUCAGAGACUAAAGAUUGGAAUCUACUUUGUUGCUUGGUGGACCCUAAACGUCAUCUUCAACAUAUACAACAAGAAAGUGUUGAACGCAUUUCCUUACCCGUGGUUGACUUCAACACUUUCACUUGCAGUCGGAUCGUUAAUGAUGUGGAUCUCUUGGUUGACACGUCUAGCAGAGGUUCCAGAGACCGAUUUUGAAUUUUGGAAGGCUUUGGCACCGGUGGCAGUUGCACACACAAUUGGGCAUGUUGCAGCAACUGUUAGCAUGUCCAAGGUUGCGGUUUCAUUCACACAUAUCAUCAAAAGUGCUGAGCCCGCCUUUAGUGUCGUUGUAUCCCGUUUCUUGCUUGGAGAAAGCUUUCCCCUUCCGGUGUAUCUUUCUCUGAUUCCUAUCAUUGGUGGUUGUGGCCUGGCAGCAGCUACAGAAUUGAAUUUUAACAUGACAGGUUUCAUGGGUGCCAUGAUUUCAAACUUGGCAUUUGUCUUCCGAAACAUCUUCUCGAAGAAGGGCAUGAAGGGAAAGGCUGUAGGGGGCAUGAAUUAUUAUGCUUGCCUCUCAAUGCUGUCCUUGGUGCUUCUGACACCGUUUGCCUUUGCGGUUGAAGGGCCUCAGGCUUGGGCUAUGGGUUGGCAAGAAGCUGUGAAGGCAGUUGGGCCUCAAUUUGUGUGGUGGGUUGCAGCACAAAGUAUUUUCUAUCAUCUCUACAACCAGGUGUCUUACAUGUCCCUGAAUGAAAUUUCACCUCUGACAUUCAGUAUUGGUAACACUAUGAAGAGGGUUUCUGUUAUUGCUUCCUCCAUUAUAAUUUUCCAUACGGUAGUGAGGCCAAUAAAUGCUUUAGGUGCGGCUAUUGCUAUUCUGGGUACCUUCUUGUAUUCCCAGGCCAAGCAGUAACCCAAGGAAAUUUUCUGAGUAUCAUGCCCAUGAUAUGCUAGGACAAUCUGGAGGAUAUGUAAUGUUCUUUGAAUCUUAGUUCAUGCAGUUUUCUUUGCGUAUAAGAGUCUCCAAAGAUUCCUUUCUAAUGUGUUUCUCACAAGGCCUAAUCAUUAUCAUAAAAUUUUUACAUGAGGGGAUGGUAUGAUCAGCAUGUGAGUGACAAUUUGGUGACAAAAGUAGCUUGCAUUAAUUUGAUUGAGUAAUCUUGAAUUUCUUGAGAUCACGAGGGGUUUUUCUUAAAGCUUAUGGAACUAUGAUAGGUGUAAAGUAGUUAGGCUGCAAAUGCUAUGUUCAGAUUACUAAACAAUGUAGCUACCUUAGCCCACAACAUAAGCUUUGCUUUUGUACCCCUCAAAUAAAUUUAGUUUGGUGAAAUUACCUGUUGACCUGAGUAAUUAUUGAAAUGAAAAAAAAAUAAUGUUUCAUUUCCCUACCAAA